AUGAGCACGGAUCUAGACCUGUCAUCUUCCAGCCUCCCGUCUCGAUCGCCGUCACCCUCCCCGAAUCUCCUCGCGACCCCUGACUCUUCUACACUCUUAUCCCACCGAUCCUUCUCGGGCGUCUCGACGGUCUCGAGCCGGUCCUCGUACUCCAAUGGCUCGACAACUUCUCGAACCAGCACAUAUUCUCGUCGACGGGGUUACAUACGUCCUCAGGGAGGAUCGUUUGCCGAAUCGGCCAAGAAUCGUGAGAGUGUCAUGAGCCUCGGCAGUAUCGCCCACCUGCAAUACUAUUUCGCUCGAACGGGAUUGUUGGAUGGCAAAGGAGGCCAGAUGGCGAAAAAGAAACAGAAUGGAGAAUAUGAUAUCCCAAAGCUCUCGUUAACUGCAAAUCAAGAGCUGGUUGAAUCUCCAAUCGAGGAUGAGUCUCAGGCCAACUGGGACGCUGUGCCGGAGGAUGGCACGGACGUCAUGUUACCUCCAACUGUAUCAACGUACAGUCACCGGUCGACAUAUGUAGCCCCACCUCCGGAUCAGAAAACUAUGAAAAAAGAACUGGUGGAAGCUUUGGAGAACGCAUUACAAGCUGUCGAAUCCUGUGAAGGCCCGACCACUGGAAAUUCUGAAGAUCAGACACAAGGAUUCUACGAGAUCCAAGGGUUGCAUGUCCUUGAUACCGCCACUCAAGCGAUUCGAGCCGCAAGACUUUAUUACACUCUGCACCCCAAUCCCCAGAGAUUGAACUCCAUAAGAUCCGAUCAGGAAUUGCGGAGAGAUCUCUACUCCGUGCUGGAUGUACUGAAGAAAUGUGCCUCUCGAAACUUCGCGGGCGGUUUCCGUGAGGAUGAAAGACUUGCAGUGCUGGUCUGGGUCAGUGAUGUCGGCAUGAUGAUAGACCAAGAGGCAAAACUGGAGGAGGCCGACAGGACCGAAAGGAGAGACUGGCACUGGAUGGACGAUGCCAAGUGGAUUGAUCGAGAGCAGGAAAGAGAUAUUAACUUCCUCAACUUCCUGCUUCACGGGAUCGGUCAAGGCCCAUCCCCUGAGAAAGCCGAUGUGAAUCCAGAAUUCUUCCGCAAUCUGGCUGACGGCAAGGAUCUGGUGAAGAUGCAUAACGCUGCAGUCAAACGGUCCAAGAGGCAAUUUGACUAUAUCAAAUCCUUCCACGAAGACGUCGCGAAACCGUACCGGCGUGCUGACAACCUUCGAUACUGGCUCAAGGCUGCGGAGUUAAGGUGGGAGCUCAAGCUUCAGCUCGACGUGAUGGCUGUCGCGAAUCAGGUCAGCGACAGCACCGUGUGGUCUUCUUUCGAGGACGUUGUUCGACAAUGGAGCCGAGGAGUCCGAGCCGAGCUUACCAAAGAUUGGAACGGGGAAGAAGAACGCAAACUGCAUGCCCGUGCAAGAAGCCUGGCGAUGGCGAGUCCGCUGUCAAGCCCAUCGAGAAAGAACUCACCCGCUCCGCCUCUCCCAAGUCCCUUGAAAACAGUGAUCGUCCCAAGUCCUCUGCGGAGCCCAUCGAAAGAUUCGGCAGCAUCCGAUGAUCUAGAAAGCCCGACCCCGAAACCAACGUCCACCUUGUGCGGUGAAGUACUCUAA